UAGUUAAAGAUAUCCACUAGAACUGUUGGGUCUUAGAGUUCAAGUCUUCAAGACAACCAUGGGAACCAAAAACCAUCAGCUUCAUAUUGCUCUCUUCCCUUUCAUGGCUCAGGGCCACAUAAUCCCAUUCAUAGACAUGGCCAAACUGUUUGUUUCCAGAGGUCUCAAAGCAACAAUAAUCACCACCCCUCUAGAUGCACCCUUCAUCCACAAGAAAAUUGAAAAUUCAACUUCCCCGGUUCACAUUUUCACAAUCGAUUUACCUACUUUAGAGGUUGGAUUGCCAGAAAAUUGCCAGAGCUUGCAUUUGGCCACUUCUCCUGAAAUGCAAAGAAAGUUUUUCAAAGCUGCAGGCUUGCUUGAGCCUCAGCUUGAGCAGUUCUUGCAGCAAAAUAGACCCAAUUGCCUUGUGGCUGACAUGUUCUUUCCUUGGGCUACAGAUGUGGCUUCUAAGUUUGGAAUUCCAACGCUCAUAUGCCAUGGAACCAGUGGUUUCUCCUUAUGUGCUACACUCUGUAUGUUUUUGUAUAAGCCUCACUUACAGGUGUCAUCUGAUUCAGAAACCAUUUUUAUUCCUAAUUUCCCAGAUGAGAUUGAGCUGACAAGAAAGAAGCUGCCUGAUUUUAUUAGAGAUGGAGUUGAAAAUGAAUUUUCAAGAUUGUAUGAUGAAGUUAAGAAAGCUGAGCAGAGGAGCUAUGGGGUUCUUGUUAACAGCUUUUAUGAGCUUGAACCUGCGUAUGCUGAUCAUUACACAAAUGUUCUGGGGAUCAAGGCUUGGCAUAUAGGCCCACUUUGGAUAUGCAAUGAGGGGGCAAAAGAAGACAAAGUCUCUAUUGAUGAACAACAUGAGUGCAUAAAGUGGCUUGAUUCAAAGAAACCCAACUCAGUUGUUUAUGUCUGUUUUGGAAGCUUGUCCAAUUUUGUUGAUGCCCAGCUGCUUGAGAUUGCAAAGGCUCUUGAAUCUUCAGGGCAGCAAUUCAUUUGGGUUGUCAAGAAACAGAACAAUGAUCAAGAAAACCAACAAGAUUGGUUGCCUGAAGGAUUUGAAAAGAGAACUGAAGGGAAGGGGCUGAUUAUAAGAGGGUGGGCUCCCCAAGUGAAGAUUCUCUCACAUGAAGCAGUUGGGGGAUUUGUGACACAUUGUGGGUGGAACUCAACACUUGAAGCAGUGUGUGCUGGUGUGCCUAUGGCCACAUGGCCUGUGUUUGCAGAGCAGUUUUACAAUGAGAAGCUGAUCACACAAGUGCUUAGGAUUGGGGUUGGUGUUGGAGCCAAAGAGUGGAGUAGAGUGGCAGUGGAGAGUGUGAAGAGUGAUGCCAUAGAGAAGGCUGUGACAAGGGCCAUGGUGGGUGAGGAAGCAGAGGAAAUGAGGAACAGAGCCAGGGGUUAUGCAGAGAUGGCAAGGAGGGCUGUUGAAGUAGGGGGAUCAUCUCACUCAAAUUUGAAUUCUUUGAUUGAAGAGUUAAGGUCUCAUGACUUGCUCAUGAGUAAAGAUAGACUUGGUUUGAGUUGUUCCUUUCUAGAUUUGUAGUUUUUCUUUUGUGUAUUUGGCUUGUUUAUUGUUCGCUUGCCUAUUUCGCCUUUCAUGAAAUCAGAUUUCGAAAAAAAGAAAAAGAGUAAAGAUAUCAUAGAGGAACAAUUUAAAUAUAGCAAAUUAGCAAUUGUGUGUAUCUUAAAUUCUUUGCAGUCAAGUGUUUGGAAUCAAACUUAUACUUAUAUUU